GACAGGCCUGGAUGAGAUCUUUAAGGUCACAAGGCUCACAAAAUAAUUUUAGACCAAGUCCCCACCCCCAGUACCCAGACGUUGAACUACUCCCCUCUGGGCACAGGUAUGGGGCAGCCAUAGCAGGAAAAACACAACUAGACAAUAAUUUGUGCCAGGUGUGAUAUCCCUCCUAAAUAGCUCGGGCUGAUGUUCCUAUCGACCCAGUAAGGCCAGCAGGCUAGUCUCUUUUUAUUGGUAUGUAAACUAUUAUGACAGUUGUAUUGUCGGGGUUGUUUUGAAUUUAAACACCACUUUAAAGGUAUACCUGGCACUGCAACAACAUUUCCCCAUGGGGACAAUAAAUUCAGUAAAGUUCACACGUUCAUUUUCCAUCUACCCCAACAGCAGAGAAUUUAACAGUCCCUUUCAGAACGUCAGAAGACUCCUCUUCAUAUGUGUCUAUUACGUGCAGUGUACCACACACAGUGAAUGUACAAACACUCUGUUCCUCUAGUCGAAGCUGAACCCAUGAUCCAGACAUACCGUUGUCUGGAUUUCCCCUCAUAGCUCCUGUUACACUUCACAGACAGAGGGAUCCAAAAUUAUCCCCAGAUACGUCUUUCCCCAUGGAAUGGUGUUUAGUCCGCUAGCAAUUACAUACUAUUUACAUUAUUCACGUGAUAUAGAUAAUUAGACAUAGGGCGAAUUAUUCCCCUUGUAAACUGCAGCAGCUUUUCCAUAAUAUAACUUUUCCACUGAAUUAUCCAGGAGUAACUCCUCCCUAGAAGCCCUUAUUCCCACGCAGACAGUCACUAGUUCUCCCUACUCUUCAAGAGGGGAGGGGACAGCGACAGUCUUUGAGCGAAGUGGUCGGACAGUGCACGGUCAUAGAAAGCCAUCCAGCCAGUGAGUAUUGUAGCUACGGAAGCGCUAGUUAGCACACAUUUUCGUCAGCGCAACAACUCAGCGAGCAACCACUAGUCUCUCUCUCUCUGUUGCGUGCUAUCUGGAAGACCGAGGAGGAGAGUUCAUUCUGCUACACUCAUCCAUGGCUCUGUGCAACGGAGAUACCAAGCUGGACAUCAGCAGCGUUGAGCCUCAGAAUGGUUCAUGUGAGGGGGCAGUUGUCAUCCUGGAUGCCGGGGCUCAGUACGGCAAGGUGAUUGACAGGCGGGUCAGAGAGCUGUUUGUCCGCUCAGAGAUCCUCCCACUAGAGACGCCAGCCUUCGCCAUCAGAGAACAAGGCUUCAGGGCGAUCAUCAUCUCUGGUGGUCCUAAUUCUGUGUAUGCUGAGGAUGCCCCCUGGUUUGACCCUGCCAUAUUCACCAUUGGAAAGCCUGUCCUGGGUAUCUGCUAUGGAAUGCAGAUGAUGAAUAAGGUUUUUGGAGGAACAGUGCACAGGAAGAGUGUGAGAGAGGAUGGAGUGUUCAACAUCGGACUGGACAACACCUGUUCUCUCUUCAGGGGCCUUAAGAAGGAGGAGCUGGUGCUGUUGACUCAUGGGGACAGUGUGGACAAGGUGGCCGAUGACUUCAAGGUGGUGGCCCAGUCAGGGAGCAUCAUUGCGGGUAUUGCCAACGAGCAGAAGAAGCUGUAUGGGACGCAGUUUCACCCGGAAGUGGACCUGACGGAGCGGGGAACAGAGAUAUUACGUAACUUCCUGUUUGAGAUCGCCGGCUGCACCUCCAACUUCACUGUCCAGAACCGCCAGCAGUCCUGCAUCACAGAGAUUCAGGAGAAAGUUGGAAAGUCCAAAGUACUGGUUCUGCUGAGUGGUGGGGUGGACUCCACGGUGUGUACGGCACUGCUGAACAAAGCUCUGAACCAGGAGCAGGUCAUCGCGGUGCACAUCGACAAUGGCUUUAUGAGGAAGAGGGAGAGCCAGAGCGUUGAGGAGGCCCUCACCAAACUGGGCAUCAACCUCAAAGUGGUGAACGCAGCACACACCUUCUAUAAUGGCACAACGACCCUGCCCAUAUCCGACGAGGACCGGACGCCACGGAAACGCAUCAGCAAGACCCUCAACAUGACGACCAACCCUGAGGAGAAGAGGAAGAUCAUUGGAGACACCUUCGUCAAGGUGGCCAAUGAGGUGAUCGGGGAGAUGAACCUGAAGCCGGAGGAGGUGUUCCUAGCCCAGGGCACCCUGAGGCCAGACCUCAUAGAGAGUGCUUCUCACCUCGCCAGCGGCAAGGCAGAGGUCAUCAAAACACACCACAACGACACAGAACUCAUCCGCAAGCUGAGAGACGAGGGAAAAGUCAUUGAGCCGCUGAAGGACUUCCAUAAGGAUGAGGUUCGGGCACUGGGCAGAGAACUGGGACUGCCAGAGGACAUCGUCUGUCGACAUCCUUUCCCUGGUCCUGGCCUGGCCAUCAGAGUGAUCUGUGCAGAUGAGCCCUACAUCUGUAAGGACUUUGCUGAGACCAACAACAUCCUCAAGAUCAUCACAGACUUCUCUGCCAUGGUCAAAAAGCCCCACACGUUGCUGCAGAGAGUGAAGUCGUGUAUAUCAGACGAGGAGGAGGAGAAACUCCUGCAGAUCACAAGUCUACAUUCACUCAAUGCCUUCCUGCUGCCAAUCAAGACUGUGGGAGUCCAGGGUGACUGUCGGUCCUAUAGCUAUGUGUGUGGGGUCACCAGUAAAGAGGCUCCACACUGGGAAUCCCUCAUGUUCCUGGCCAGACUCAUCCCUCGCAUGUGCCACGCCAUCAACAGAGUUGUGUAUGUAUUUGGGUCCCACGUGAAGGAGCCCCCCACAGACGUCACCCCCACCUUCCUGACCACGGGCGUUCUCAGCACACUCAGACAGGCGGACUUUGUGGCCCACUCCAUCCUCAGAGAGUCUGGUUACUCUGGGAAGAUCAGUCAGAUGCCUGUCAUCCUGACCCCUCUGCACUUUGACCGUGAUUCCUCACAGAGGCAGCCGUCCUGCCGACGCUCUGUGGUGGUAAGAACGUUCAUCACCAGCGACUUCAUGACCGGGAUACCUGCCACGCCCGGAAACCACAUCCCCGAGGAGGUGGUGCUGAAGAUGGUAAAUGAGAUCAAGAAGAUCCCUGGCAUCUCCCGGGUGAUGUUUGACCUGACCUCCAAACCUCCUGGCACCACAGAGUGGGAGUAGAGCUCAUGGAGAGAGGAGAUGUGAGCUCCUCUCGUCCUCUUCUCCUCUUUUCUUUCCCUCUCCUAACACCUAUCCCCCCCCCCCAUCUCACCUCUCCUUUCAGAUCACCCCCCCCCCCUCUCUAGAACAUUCCCAUGGAAAGCAGGCAGUACUGUGACCAGCACACACCUGAAGCCGCUACUCUGCCCCCCCCUCCCCCCCGCUCAGUUUUUGGGAGGUGUGUUUGUAUUAUUGUUAUUAUAGAUAUGAUGACUAUUCAUCCUUAUUUUUGGAUCAGUUUCUUCAUGCGUGACAAUGCAUUAUUUUUUUUCCUUCUUUGGCAUAAGUGCUGCUUCCUGUUUUUGGAAACAGCCAGUUGAAAUUCAAAGGUUAAGAGAGUGAGAGUUCAGGAAGUGGAUUGUGUAAACGGCGUGCCUCAGAUUGCAGCGUGAGACCAACGACAGAAGAAAGAGAAAACAACAACAUACUUGUAUGACAUACAGGUUAAAGGAAGAGCAGCAACUUGCCCGUGGCUUUAGUCUUCCAUUGCAUUUUGGCUUUUAUGUUCCACUGCCGAUGAGUCUUUUUGUCCCAAGAUGAUUUUUACUCAACCAUUUCCGUUCCAACUGUAUACUGUGCAAAGAGACAGACAGGGGCUGCCUGUCUGAAAGUCAUUUAGCAGAGAAACUGUGACCAAUAUCACAUUAUUAUUAUUAUUUUUUUUUUAAACUUUUUUUUGUUGUUGCCAAAUGUAGAUUAAGCUGUGGUGAAAUUAGAUUUUGGUUUUUGUUGACGGUCCACUUAAAUGAAAAAUGUGAUGUUAAACUACCAACAGCGGCCAAACGAAAAUAUUAGUUGAUUUCCAGAGAUUGGUAACUGUUUGGGAAGCCCCCAAAAUGACGGGGUGUCCUUUUCUGUGCCUGUUUUUUUUUAUUUUCUCUUCCCCUUUGUUUGACACGCCCCCUGCCUGGUGAGAACUGUUACUUCAUGCUGCAAUAUAUGCUAUUUAAGAGAAACAAGAUGACAAAAGGACUGAGAAUUAAUUAAAAUGUUACUAUAGUCAAAACAACAAUUGUUGUGUGAACACCUUUGUCGUUAUCGUGAUCAUGCUGGCACGUGGCACCUCCUACAGUUGUGUAGGAGCAACUUUUGCACAUAAAGCCUUGGUGCUUUCCUAACGCGUUUGGGAAGUUCUAGUACUUACAGCUGAUGGAUUUUAAAACCCAAUCACGAAAGCAUCCCCCCU